AUGGCGUGCUUCCGCUUGCCAUCUCGCCUCCCCUCCAUUCCACUCCACCACCAAUCUGGUCACCACCUCAUUCUCAAAUCUUCUCACAAACUUCCAUCCGAGGAGUGGGAGUGCAAGGUGUGUUCUCUCAAGUCAAGUGGGCUGUUCUACGCUUGUACAAAAUGCGACUUCAGAGCAGACAUCAAGUGCGCUUCUCUGCCGGCCGCCAUAUAUCACACGGCUCACCCACAACAUCCCCUCGACUUUCUCCCUAGCGAGAGACAACGUGACCAGCACAAUCAGAUGUUUCGAGAUCUACUUAACCAUUGUCUACUAAAUGACCCGUAUGGUGAGAGACGAAAUCAAUAUUCUACAGUGAUGAAACUCCUUCAACGUAACUAUGCUGAGAUACAAAUUUACUGUGAUGCUAUGUGUGGCAAUGCCGCACACCAUUAUGACUGUUACGCAUGCGGCAGCUGCGAGUUCAUUGUGCACGUUCGAUGCGCUACGCUGCUGCCGGCAUCGACCAGCAGCCGUAGAUGGGACAAGCACCACCCGCUGCUAUUGACGCACGACGCCAAUCUCAACUAUCCGGGUGAAUUCUACUGCGAUGCAUGUGAAACAUAA